CUUCUUUCUUUUUAGAAUGUGAAACUGUAAUACAGAGGACAUUUCUGUGGGAGAGGAACAAGCGACUGUGUUGCGACAGACAUGAUAAUUCAGCAGCCUCAGUUCAGUCCUCUGAUAGCAGUGAGCUCAAACCAGUGGAGCACUGGGAUCUGUGGAUGCUUUGACGACUGCGAUGUCUGCUGCUUCGCCUUCUGGUGCCCAUUCUGCUUUAUUUGUUCCACAGCGUCAGAUUUUGGGGAGUUUUGUUGUCUGCCCAUGAUUGAUAAUUGUGCCUGCUACUCUCCAGCCUGCACCCCUCCGAUAUCUUUGGCACUGCGGGCUUCUGUGAGAAAUCGAUACAGCAUACAGGGGGGGCUGACAUCAGACUGCAUGUAUGUGACCUUUUGCAACAUUUGCUCCUGGUGCCAAAUAGCAAGGGAACUAAAAAGACGACGUACAGUUCAUGUUGUGGUUAAUGCUCAGCCUGCGGUCUUAGCCAUCCCCCCAGUGGUGGUUUCUCCCCCACAAUCUAUUAUAACAACACAGGUGACAGCAACAGUGGGUUAACUGCUGAUCUCAUCAGAUUAAUCCACUGUGGGAGUUGGCUGAGAUUGACUAUUGGUGGAUGUUUCUUUAUAUACUGUUACCAUAUAUCACCAUUUACAUAAAUAUUGAUCGACUAUAUUCAUUUCAUUUUAAGAAAAUUUGCUGUUUGGUCUGAACAAGGCGGCACCCACACAAGUUUGCAAAAUAUGAGAAAUCGUUAAGAUGCAAUUCUCAGUGAGCUCCAAAUAUAACAUUAGUAUUCCCAGUGGCAGAAUGUUUUUGUACCAGGUAAUAUGAACUAUAGAAAGUAACAGAGGAAAGAGGAAGCUGUGGCUUUGUGAUAAAGUCCAUGAAGUGAGUCAUAGCCUGGAGCCAUAUUCACCAAUUACACCUGCCUUUGUUGCUUUUGGCAAUCUGCCUCCUCUUUUAAAAUUCUCACUGCAGCAAACAACCCUGAAUGCUUGAGAUCUUUCCAAAGUAAGUUGUCUACAAAUUGUGUGUAUUGUGUUGUAAUUAGAUGACUGGAUUAGAUGAUUAGAUGACUGCAGCAUGUUUAUUUGUUGAACUGUUUGAGACUUCUUCAUGUGUCUGUGAUGAAGAAAUUUGAAUUUCUUCUUGCUCACUCGAUUCUGAAAAUAUGUUUGAUGAUAAAAUCUUAAGAAUAAUCACAAUUAAAGUUAUUUUAAACAUUAAAUAAAAUAAAAUAAAAUAAAAUAAUAGAAUUCUGUUGACCUCUCUAAAUAACACUGGACAUUUGAACUUUGAACAGUUAGCCAAAAGCCAACAGUGAAACCAAAGCAGGAUAACAAAUUGUUCUGAUCAGCUUAACACUGCAAAGUUUCAGCUUUCGGCACAAAAAUAUAUGUUUUUAAUUAAAAAUAUGUUUUUAAUAUGUUGAUUCAUUACUUU